AUGGUUGAAUUUAAUGAAAACCAUCCCAAGAGAUUGAAAGGGGACAAUGUGUUUGAAGCCAUUUGUGAGUAUUUUAAGGAGAUAGGAAACAUUAUGAGUGGAGAUGACAUAAACUUCUUUAUCUGUACAAGUGCAUGCACCUUUGGAAUGUAUGAGAUUGAUUUUGGGUGGGGAAAGCCAAUUUGGGUGAGCAUACCUGGUGAUAUACUCAAGAAUGUUGCUACUUUGAUUGACACAAAGGAGGGUGAUGGAGUAGAUGCAUGGGUAAGUUUAAGUGAGGAAGACAUGGCAUUAUUUGAACGUGACCGGAACUUCUUGCUUUUACUUCUUUAA